CAAAACACCUCACCUGUAGGAGUGUGGGACAUAUUAAAAUACAGCUCAGCUUCAGCAGGUGCACACACAAAGGACAGCCCUGCUUCUCCAGUUACUGAUAACUCCAUCCAGUUGCACUGUGAGCUUACCCUGAACUACAGGCAAACACUCUACCAGGAAUGGCAUCAGGUGUCCAGGUUGACGAUUCUGUUACCCUCUUGUUCCAAGAUAUGAAGCUGAAGAAGUGUGGAAAAAAAGCCGUUUUCUUUGGCUUCAGCAGUGAUGAAAAAUACAUCGUUGUGCAGGAGGGAAAGGAAAUCUUGUCAGAUGACUGUGCAAAUUUUUUCCCUCGGUUGAAAGCACUCUUCCCUGAAAACAAGUGCUGCUACGCCUUGUUGGAUAUUCACUAUGUUACUGGGGAAUCAAAGAAACAAGACCUAAUAUUUGUAAUGUGGGCACCAGAAGAUGCACCUAUUAAGGAGAAGCUACUAUUUGCAAGCUCAAAACCAUACUUAAAACAAGCAUUCUCAGGAGUGAACAAGCAAUGGGAGCUUCACAGCCAAGAUGACCUUACUGUCGACCAGCUGGCACAAAAACUUACAAGUGGCAAAAUUAAAUCCUUGGAAGGUCACCACUUGUAGACAAUCAUUCAGUGCCAGGACCAUAGACAACUUGCAAAUGUAGCAGCACUAUUUCAAGUGGAACUGAACCCCAAAACUGUAAUAUAUUAAA